AUGAUACUAGCCACGACUGCUAUUUGUAUUGCCGCCGAUCACUUUCUCUCGAUAUGGCCCCACCGAGUGGCUCAACUGACACUAUCACUAAUGCCAAUCGUACUGCUCAUUGUGCUCAGUGCAGUGUUCGCACCGCUCGACAAACUUGUCGAGGUGAACGAGAUGAACUUCGAGAAGAUUAAUCGAAUCCGAGUGAUGCUGGUGGCCAUUGGCGUUCUAGCAAUGGCCUCGAUUACAAUAACACUAUCAGUAUUCGUCGGUAUCGGAGCAUAA